AUGAAGUUCACAACCAUUCUUGCCACCAUCGCCACAGCAGCUCUCUCAGUCAAAGCAGCAGACCGCGUGCAAUGCGCCGGCACAAUCAGCACGGGGACCGACAAAGGACGAUACGAGCCCAGCGGCGCCCUCACCGCCAACCUCACCGAGGCCGCCUGCAAAGACGGCGACAUUGACGCCGCUCUCAAGGGGAACCAAAAGUGCUGCAUCUCCAAUGAAAAGAACAAGUUUGGGACGGAUUGUCUCGCCGCCGCUUUUCCUCAACCGUUCAAUCACACGGACUUUAAGCCUACGUUCCAGCCCUGCUGA